AUGGAUUUGUUUAAAGUACUGGGCAGUGGAGCAAGAUUCAACAAAAAACGAUUUACUGAUGACAUUUCACUGUUUGAGCCAUCGAAUAAAUUAAGGAAAACUAAUGAUACCUCAGAUACUCAAAUGGACAUUAUGCAAGAAAUUAACUUCUUUCAUAAUAGUAAAAGUGCUAUAGAUGAGACAUUAGGUGUAACUAAAGACAAGAAAAUUACAAAAGAUGUAGAAAAAGAUCAAGAAGAAGAAAGUAUCAAUUGUUACAAUGAUGAAAAUGAAGACGAAGACGAUCAAGCUGAAGAAGAACCCUUAGUCAAAGAUCUUAAUUCUAUGGAUGAUGUUAAAUCAUUUCGUAAACGACAUCGAAUUCACAUUUACGGAACAGAUAUUCCAAAUCCAUUUAGCUCAUUUGAUGACCUUGAAUCAAAAUAUAAUUUUCAACCAUAUAUUUGUAAGAAUUUAAAAAACUCCGCAUAUGAAAAGCCAACGCCAAUUCAAAUGCAAGCCAUCCCAAUCAUGAUCCAUGGACGUGAUUUAAUGGCUAUGGCACCUACCGGGUCAGGUAAAACGUUGGCUUAUAUUAUACCUAUGUUGCAUGAUUUGAAAGGUCCAGAGAAAAUAGGUUAUCGUGCAUUAAUUAUUUCUCCAACUAGAGAAUUGGCACAACAGAUAUAUAGAGAAUUCAAAAAAAUGGCUGUUGGUAAAAAAUUUAAAGUAUGCAUGUUAACAAAAGCGACUGCAGCUACACAAGCACAAACUCCUCACCUAAGAGAAAAAUUUGAUAUUUUGAUUAGUACGCCGCUUCGCUUAGUUCAUGCAAUUCAACAAGAUAUCAUUGAAUUAAAAAAUGUACGUCAUUUGAUUUUAGAUGAAGCAGAUAAACUACUUGAAUUAGGUUUUUUAGAACAAACGGAUGAAAUAUUUGCGGCAUGUUCUAAUGUUAAAUUACAAAAAGCCUUAUUUAGUGCAACAUUUCCUUCAAGUGUUGAAACAUUAGCAAAUGAUUUUAUGAAAGAUCCAAUUAGAGUUGUAAUAGGUCUAAAAAAUGCUGCAACGGAAACAAUAAAACAAAAACUUUUAUAUGUAGGACAGGAAGAAGGAAAAUUAAUUGCUGUUCGACAGUUAAUACAAGAAGGAUUUAAACCGCCAGUAUUAAUUUUUGUGCAAUCAAUUGAACGAGCAAAAGAAUUAUUUCAUGAAUUAAUUUAUGAUGGUAUUAAUGUAGAUGUUAUACAUUCUGAAAGGACAAAAGCUCAGAGAGAUUCAAUUAUAUUAAAUCUUAAACAAGGGAAAAUUUGGGUAUUAAUAGCUACAGAAUUAAUGGCUCGUGGUAUGGAUUUUAAAGGUGUUAAUUUAGUCAUAAAUUACGAUUUUCCACAAUCUGUACAAAGUUAUAUUCAUAGAAUUGGUAGAACUGGUAGAGCUGGUAGAAGUGGUGAAGCUGUAACUUAUUAUACAAAGGAUGAUGCUCCUUAUCUAAAAAGUGUUGUUAAUGUAAUGAAAGAAUCAGGUUGUGAAGUACCUGAUUGGAUGCUUCAAUUAAAAAAUCCUUCAAGGGAAUCUAAAAAACGAUUACGUAAGAAACCUAUAGAACGUAAAACUAUAGACACAAGAUCUACUUAUGACCUUAAGAAAAUGAUACGUAAAAAGUAUGUAUCUAAUUAUUUAUUGUUGCGUUGA